UCUGAGACUCACAGUGUGAAAACAGGAAAAACUAACUUCUAUUUUAAAGUUCUGCAUCUGAAAACUACGAAAAAUGUGCAGAGGAUUAGCUGCCUUACCCCAGACCUGCCGGGACAGGGCAAAGGAGAUCAAGUCGAAGUUGGGAGUUUUGCUGCAGAAGCCGGACAAUGCCAUCGACCUCAUCAUCCAGUACCCGGAGAAGCCGGAGAAGAAGCCGGAGAAGCUGCAGAAGCCGGCUCCGGAGGAGGCGGCUCAGUGGCGCGAGUGUCUGGACCGAGUGCUGAGCAACAACUACGGCCUGGCUGCUUUCCGUAGCUUCCUUCAGUCCGAGUUCAGCGAGGAGAACAUCGAGUUCUGGACCGCCUGCGAGGACUUCAAGAAGACCAAGAACCCAAGCAAGAUGGCCGCCAAGGCCAAGAAGAUCUACGAAGACUUCAUCCAGUCCGAGGGACCCAGAGAGGUGAACAUUGACCACUUCACCAAGGACGUGACCCUGAGGAACCUGGUGGACCUCUCCCCUGCGACCUUUGACCUGGCCCAGAAGAGGAUCCACGCCCUGAUGGAGAAGGACUCCUUCGGCCGCUUCAUCCGAUCCGACCAGUACCAGGAGCUCCUGGUCAACUAAGCAGGAAGCUGAGGAGCGGGCGGGGGGGUGGGGAGGUUUCAAACAGCAGUUACUCAAAUGUUUUGGAAAUUAAUUCUAUAUAUUCUUUUUAAUCUGAAUAUUUGGAAUAAACCACCGCUGUGUUUGAACGCAUGAGAACCAAAGACUUUUAUUUUACAAACUAUACAAAUUACUUUACAAAUUAUAUUUUAAAUUAUAUGUUUUGAAACUGAGCGAAAAGGGCCGACUGCCAUUUGAAAUAUCCACCUCCCCAUCCAACACACAC